GGCACUGAUUGCCAUUGAUAGGUGGCACUGACUGGCACUGAUGGGUGACACUGCAAGGCAGCUUAGAUAGGCACUGAUAUGUGGCAUUGAUGUGCACUGGUAGCACUGAUAUGUGGCAUUGAUGUACAGUGGUAGGCACUGAUAUGUGGCAUUGAUGUGGCACUCGCACAAGGCACUGAUGAGCACUGACACAAUGGACGCUGACAGGUGGCACUUCUGGGGUUACACUGAUCAUCAGGGCACACUGAUCAUCACUCUCAGCGUGACAGCUCGAGAGGAGAGAAAUGCCGAUAACCUGAUUGGACACAGCUGAUCA